AUGCACUCGUUAGCCCGAAUUGCUCCCUGCUCAAGUAGCUUCCUGUUGGCGCCCAAUGAUCACCCUUCAGAGCAACAUUCAAAAUUACACGAAAGCUAUGAAGAGACAGAUGUUCUAAAAAAUCUUCCAAAAUCUGUAAGUAAAGACCUAGUAUUACUUUCACAAUCAGCAAUGCAGCUCUGUGAGUUGUGUAUUGGUGAUCCAGCUAUGGUUGUUACUAGAGAAGGAAUUCUGACUGUGAAAACUGUGUGGCCUAUUCAAGAGGGAAAUUUAACAUCUGUAUUUAUGACUAGAGAAGGACUGGAUAUGUCAUGCAUUCCUCACUCCACACAAGUAAUACUUAAAAAACUUGGAUCUCUUCCAACACCAGCAAAAGAAAUUGAGAUCAUCCCUUCAAAUCAAAAUCUUGAUAUUCCUGAAUCUCUCAUCCAUCAUCAGUUGUUGGGAAGUAUUUUGAGUAAAGAUUAUAAGUUCAAAAUUCCAUACUACGGGAAAGUGCAGACAUUUGAGGUGAAAAAUGUAAAACCUAUGAGUUCAUAUGAAAUGAAACCAGUCGCUGAGCAGGCUUUGGAAAAGAAAAUGAAUGACUUGAACAUUUUUGAAAGUAGCGGUGAUAAUGAGCCCAUUUUAGAGAAGUUUUUCAAGGUGGUUCAAGGAACUCGAUGGAUUAACUCUCUCAAGUCUAGAAAUAGAUCAUCUGAAGAUAAGUCAUAUCGCAAAAUGAAUCGAUUAUCACAAAUUGGUGGUUUGGAGGAAGUUAUUGAGGACUUGCAGCAACUUUUGCUCCUAGUUUUUCAGAAAGGAACUCAAGUACACGGAAUCAAAAAUACUCAUGGGAUAUUAUUAUAUGGACCUCCAGGAGUAGGCAAGACAAUGCUUGCGGAAGCUAUUGCUGCUGAAAGUAAAUGUUGUAUAUUUCAUGUUCAUGGAGCUGAACUGUUCAGUAGAUUUGUUGGUGAAGCUGAAGAAAAAUUGAGGAAAAUAUUUGAAGAUGCUGUUCUAAGUGCUCCAAGUUUAAUUCUUUUGGAUGAAAUUGAUGCAUUGUGUCCACGACGUAAUAGUAGUAGCUUGGAACAAGAGCGUCGUAUUGUUGCAACUUUGGCUACUCAAUUGGAUGGACUUGGUGAUACUGCUGUUGUAAUAAUAGCCACUACUUGUCGACCAGAUAGUAUUGACUCUGCUCUUCGUCGUCCUGGCAGGNUUGACAGAGAAAUUGAAAUAACUGUACCUACUCCUGGUGCUCGGGUUCACAUUUUGCAUAAACUGCUAAGCACCACAACUCACUCACUCAAUGAGAGUGACAUUAAAGGAAUUGCUCAAGCGGCUCAUGGAUUUGUUGGUGCUGAUUUAGCAGCCCUGUGUUCUCAAGCUGCACACCAUGCACUUGCUAGUCGGAGAACUAUUAAUUUACCUGACAUGCAGUGGGCGUUGACACAAGUCAAGCCUAGUGCAAUGAGAGAAGCACUAGUUCAUAUUCCAAAUGUGCGAUGGACCGAUGUAGGAGGUCAAAGAGCUCUGAAGUUACAACUACGUCAGGCUGUUGAGUGGCCUUUGAAGCACCCAGAAGCUUUCCAGCGACUGGGUAUCAAACCUCCACGUGGUGUAUUGUUGUUUGGACCUCCGGGAUGUAGUAAAACUCUUGUAGCAAAAGCUCUUGCAACAGAGAGUAAGCUCAACUUCAUAUCAAUUAAGGGUCCAGAGCUUUUUAGCAAAUGGGUUGGAGAAUCUGAACGAGCUGUCCGUGAAGUAUUUCGCAGAGCCCGCCAAGUAGCCCCAGCAAUAGUUUUCUUAGAUGAGCUAGAUGCACUUGGAGGAGAGAGAGCUGGAGUGGGCGGAACUAGUGGAAGUAGUGUACAAGAAAGAGUAGUUGCACAAUUGCUCACGGAACUGGAUGGAGUAGAACCCCUUGGAGAUGUUACAAUUCUGGCUGCUACUAACCGCCCUGAUCGUGUAGAUAAAGCUCUGCUGAGACCUGGACGAUUAGAUCGAGUUGUCUAUGUACCACUGCCUGAUUGUGAGACACGUGCGGAUAUCCUUUCAAUUCAGCUGCAGCAUAUGCCAGUAGCGAAUGAUGUGGACAUAGAUGAACUUGCUAGAUGCACUGAAGGAUAUUCAGGAGCAGAGUUGGUUGCUGUGUGCCAUGAGGCUGCUUUGGCUGCCUUGGAACAAGAUUUAGAAGCUGUGGCUGUCAACAAAGACAACUUCAAUGCCGCAUUGAAUAUUGUCACCCCACGAACACAACCUUCCCUGCUGCAGUUAUACGAACGCUAUCUCUCCAACACUAGCUGACCUUUCCGAUUUCCUGCGAGCACAACAGGCCAUUCAAGUGCAGCGCAAAGUACUUGUGGAUCACUCACCCAUUCUAGGGCAUCAACUGUCACUUGGGUCUAACAGCUUGCAUGAGACCCAGCUUUAAUGUUUCAAAGACAAAAAUGACGAGAGGUACAUCAGGCUAGUCACAGAAACAUUGUUGUAUCUUAUCAAACCGUUUGUAUUUUUUGUCAUCCAUUUACAAAUUAUUUGUUUGAUAUCUUUAUCAGCACAAAAUGUUCAAUUCAUUUAAGAGAAAAGAGGCAUGCACAUGUUUCUGUAAAAGAUGGCAGCAGUGUCUGUGAAGAAAUUUGUCUUUGACGUAAAUUGGCAUGAUCAAUGAAAUCAGAGUCUAGUCCAAAUGGUAAUUAGAGCGGGCUAGCAUGAGCAUAUUUGAGAGUUUUGAAAAUUAAAAUGUUAAAAAUUUAUUUUCCACUUCCAGAUAAAUGAGGAUUGUUCUAAUAAAAUACCUGUUAUGAAAUAUAAAUUAACAGAGUGUUGAUUUGAAUGUAAAUAAUAGAUUUAAAGCAUACUGAAUAUUAGAAAUGAGUAAUUAAUAAAAUAUUUUGUGUGGAAUUCAAAAAUAAUUUUGAAACAAUACUGAACUACUACCUUUGACAUUCGCUUACAAUAGUAUGCACUCUAAGAAAUGUGUAAAAUAUCUCAAGAAUGAAAUUUCUUUGUUCUCUUUCAUUGCCCUAUCUCAUUGAUUACAGGCAGCUGUUACAUUUCAUCAAUACAUAUUGACUAAUGGAACAAUAAUCUUAGAAAGAAAGUGUAGAAAUAUACACCCUUAACAGAAACAUAUAGUGUUACAAUGUAUUUCUAUUUAUAUAUACAACAACUUUUUGUUUAGGCUCAUUUUGAAGUGUAAAUUAUGAAAUUGAAAAUACAGUAGAAUGUCAAUGAUGUCAAUCAAUUAGGACCAAACUCCAUUCGAAAUACGAAAUUGUCUGGAUUUUUGAACCUCUAAAAGGGCUAGUAGUAAUCUUUAAUGUAAGAAGCUUGGUGAAAAUCAUGUAAUCACUCUGCCAUUUACAGAAGUGGAGCAGAUGAGUAUAAUCAUUAUUAUAGUUUUUAUUUAAACUGUAAAAAUUUUAUACAAUUUAAAUUAUCUUUUUUAUAGCUUAUUGUAUAUCUAUGAAUUAUAUAAAUUUCUGCAAUUCUAGUUUUAACAAAAUUAUUAUCUCAUGACAACGCUUUUAAAGGGCCACCCAUAGCAAAAAGAAAAACUCAAAAAUACAUAUCAAUACUUUUUGAUUUCAAAACUACAAUAAAUUUUUAGUUUGAAGUUCAGAGUAACUACAUAAAGUAAGAAUGUUGGAAAAUUAUCAUUUGUAGUGUGCCAGCACAGUUAUAAAAUGACUUAUUUCAAAUGGAAGGAUCUUUACAGUUAGAAAACUGUUUUUGAAAACUUAUUCUGCCAAAAGAAAGUGUUUUGAGAUUGCCUGCAGAAUCAUUGUGUACUUUGGGUUGUUAUUGCUUUUAUCCGUGGUGCCAUGUCAACGAAGAUAUACGUAAUUCUUGAUUUUCAUGUGCCAUGUUCAUGGAGAUCGCUGCUGGGACAGAUAUGUCCCCUCCCAUAUUUUUAUUCCCCUCUUAUACUGCCAACUUCAAAAAGUACAAGUGCUACUAGAACAAGUAAGAUAAAAGAUCUUGUAAAGGAAGAGAAGAAAUUCCAAAACUAUUGGCGUUACAACAGCACAUACUUUUUUGUUUUAUUUCUAAUUGUUGGAAUAUUGAAAAAUUUAGUGAGUUAAAUGUGUAAAUGAGAUCUGCACUAGUUGUUUAAGCAUCCUUUAUUCUAUUUGUGGGGGAAAUUUCAAGAAAAGAUUUAAAGACAUUUUUGAGAAAAUAAUUGUUUAAAUAGCCUAUAUUUCUCACAAAAUUAUAUAAAAAGUAAUCAUGUUUUCAAAAACUUGAAAUGAUUUUUAUAUCAACAUCCUUGACCAACAUAUUUCAUUGAGGAAAAAAUCUCUUUCUUCAAUAUUGUA